UGUAUAAAAGAGAAGAAGCGUGGCGCGGAUAGCCGCAAUACAUCUGGAUCAUUCGCGGCGGCGAGAACGGCGAUCGGACCGAAUCUCAUCUUUUAAUCGAUCGAGCAGGUGGAACCGAAACACCGCCUCCUCGCCGAUCCUGUUUCGCGAACGGACACCGAUAACGCGACGGCAGGUCGGAUAGGGGAUAGCAUUAUCCUGGGCUUGGGCAAGCGGCGCGAGUAAUUUAAGGGUCGGCGGUAUGCGGUGCACGGCUCUCUGCGUUCUGCUGCUGGCCAUCAGCGAGUCUCUUCUUACUUACGCAAAGGUGGUAGUAAUUGUGCCUCGACAAGUAAGACGGAGUCCAGCGGUACCUUGGCGACCUCCAGGUCAUUAUAAAAAGUCAUCUUACGGUGGAAAUGACUUCCAUCGUCAUGCACAUUAUGGUCACGUUAAUCGUUACAAAAAACCAUUUCGGCCGUUGCCGUACGGGGGGCACGACAACUUCGAUCAUAGUCAUGAAGGUGUAAAUCAUGUAAACGUACCAUACGGCAAAGAUGUUAGUCACAACCUCUCUUUUGGCAAAGGAUAUGUACCGUAUGACGGCAUCAAAAGUAACAGUUUGCCGCUUGUGCGUGACAGGUACGCCGGCGCUUACGCGCGCCAACCGGCUGUUCCAGAUUAUCCGCCGACCAGUUUCACAUCGGUAGGUCAGGAAUACACAGCAUCGGCGACGCAUUCCUACGACAAUCCGCAGGUAGAUUCAUACUUCUCGGACAUGGAGAACGCCGCUAGAGGUGAAUUGCGUGGCAGCUUGAAGGAGAGCGUGAACAAGUACUACGGCACCCGCUCGAUCGAGAAGGACCUCAGCCUGAGGAACCAGCAGGCCCUUAGCAGCAUCAUAGAGAAUAACAAGGAUACCGAAAAUCUGUCCAAGGACACAUCUUCAGUUGCGUACGUUCAGGCGGCCUCUGUACCCACUUCCGCUACCAUUCCCACUUCCAUCGUCAAUGCGCAGGGAGCCGUGAUACUACCGGCUGGCAUACCACCGGCAACUAUUGCUGGUAACAAAGACGGCAUUGUACUGCGGGACACCGUGUCCCUAGACGAGUACCAGAGGAAGUUGGAGGAGCUUACCAAGACCUGGCCGAACAUGUUAUCCUCUGGCACCAACUUCGUGACGACCGGAGCGAUUGCCGCUCCCCAACAGUUGCACGCUGGUUUCUCGACCGGUCUGCCAGGUGCCGCUUUUAGCGGUCUGACCGGCGGUGUCAAUUGGGUCACCAAUUUGGCGCAAGCCAAGCAGGGCUAUGCCGUGCGCGAAGAUCACGGGGACCCGACGACAUACGACUUCAGAACGAUGACCAUCACACAAAACUCCCCGUAUCAAAUAUUGUCGUUCGGAGGUGUGCCAGCUAGCGCAGGAAUCGCACAGAGCGCUCAUGGAUAGAUGUAGGGGUACAUGUAGGAGCAUUAAUGCCAUCCGAUUCGCGUGCGCGCUCAAAUUUUUCUGUAAUACUUAAGAAAUAUUUAUUUUUUUUUCAUUUACAUAACUCCACUAUUUUAUUUUGUAAAAGGACCCAAAAGUAUCGAUAAACCUCACCUCGUGUCGUGAAUUCAUGUUGAUGCAUCAGACGCCAUUGAUGCUUCUAAUUAUACGCUCGAUCAGGUUCUAAAAAUGAUGUGAUUUUGAUGAAUUUAGUUUUUUUCCUUUUCGCAGACACGGCAAAAUGUACACUCGUAUUGCCACGAACGUAUAAAUAUGUAGAGGUCAUUUUCACGUACCUCUCUCGAGGAGUCGAGAUCUGAAUUGAAUCAAAUCAUAUCGAUUCCAAAGAGUCUCAAUUUUUCGUAUGCACAAAUAUUCAAUAGUAUGCGCGAUAAUGACACACUUAUGUAAAUAUGAGUGUAAUUUUCUUCUCUUAGUAGCUUGACGGAAUACUUUUAAUUUUACUUAUUAGGAUUUCUUGGAUUCCAUAUUUUGAUAAGUUUAGAGCUCUCACUUAGUUUACAUUCACUCUCUCAUGCGAGAAUUUUUUUCUAUCAGCCUAGAUCAAUUUUGAUUAUGUAAAUUAGUCAUGUGAAUCAAUCACAAAGAGACUCCUAAAAAAAGUCAAUAUUUGAUAAAUGAUAACAAAUAUUAUUUAGAAUUGUUUUACAUUUAUAUUAUUAUAUUU